AAUUACUCGGAACUAAUGUUUAUUGUGACGUGUUUACCCGAACACCUGCUGGUAGUACACAGAGAGGGGUCCUGUCUGAACACAGAGGGGUACCUGCGUGUUUUUCGGAGAGCUGUGCAGCAGCUCAGCGGUCAUGGAGGUAUUCACGGUGUUGUUAUGCAGCUUCUCAGGGUAAAUGAUGUGAAAACUGGAGCUCUUGUUGGAGUGGACAAAUCUGGCAACAAAUAUUUUGAAGAUAACCAGUACUUUUUUGGUCGUCACAGAUGGGUAAUAUAUGCCAAAGAAAUGAAUGGAAAAAACACGUAUUGGGAAGUAGACGGAAGCAUGGUGCCACCUGAAUGGCAUCGCUGGCUGCAUUGCAUGACUGACAGUCCACCAACAACUCACCCUCCAGUGCCUCGCAAGUUCAUCUGGGAGAAUCACAAAUUUAACCUGAGCGGUUCACCGAGUCAGUAUGUUCCGUACUCCACCACCCGCAAGAACAUACAUGAGUGGGGCCCACCCCAGGCAACUGCAAAGUGAAAAGUGGUGUUUGUUUCUAAAUUAUUGUAAUACUAAGUCUUGCUUGUAAUUUAAAAAUAUAAAUAUGUAUUUCAUGUUUUCAAUUGUCUUGUGUCUCAGUGGUGGACUGACAGUUAAGUCUUUAAACAGACUUUUCAGUUUUUUAAUUCACUUAGAAUGCAUUACAUAUGGUUACAGCAUGGCAUACAGGCUUUUGAAAGACUUCGUACUGUUACUGUACUGAGUUGAUUACACCGUGCAACAAUUAUUAUUAUUAUUUUUUGGUUCCUGGGUAGUAAGUGUUAUUUCCUAAUUGCUUAUGCCU